AUGAGUUGGAAAAAAACAUGGAAUGUAGGAGUUAACAUGGGAUUGUUUUCAGUUUCCAACAAAACAAAAAUUACUUCCUUCUUGAAUAUAUAUAGUUUUAUGUCGAGUUCAUUUAACUAUAUCUCAUGGAAUUGUCGUGGAGGUCUAUCCUUCGCUAGGAAACAACGUACUAUUCGCUCUAUAGUGAGGAAUAAUUCAGUAUCUCUUCUUUGCCUCCUUGAAUCCAAAAAGGAAAGUAUUGAUGAUUUUCUUUGUUGUCGUUUGUGGCCUUUUCUGGAUUUCGACUACUGCUAUUCUCCGUCUUCGGGUGCUUCUGGAGGUAUUAUUUGCAUUUGGGACAAGAAUUUGUUUUCUCCUGUUUUAAUUUCUAAGCACAAAAAUUGGAUUUCUUUAGAUUUCACUGGGAACGCUAUUCCCUUUCGAAUCAUUUGUGUUUAUGCCAGUUGUUGUUAUAUUGAGACGGCUGCUCUCUGGGAUCUUUUAAAGCCAGUUCUUACAGUAGAUAGAAACUGUAUUUUAAUAGGAGAUUUUAACGAGAUUUUGCUGCCAUCGGAACGCCUACACUACAACUCCUACUCUACUUCCAUGAGACUUUUUUCUGAAUUUAUUAAUGCAUCUAAUCUCAUAGAAUCUCCUCUCCAAGGCAGAUUUUUCACGUGGGAAAAUUCAAUUUCUAAGUCUAAGAUUGAUAGAUGCUUUAUUACCGAUGGUGUUGUUUCUGAAUGGCCGAACUGUUAUCUCUCUGCUCUUCCAAGAAACUUUUCGGAUCAUGUUCCGCUGCGUCUUCGUUCCCAAGUGGUUAUAGAUUGGGGUCCUAAACCUUUUAAGUCGAUUAAUGCUUGGUGGGAGCAUAAAGACUUUAAAUCAUUUGUAUCAGAAUCAUGGCUGUCAAUUUCGGAUCAGCUCAAUUUUGUUGAUAAAUUACGUUCUUUGAGAGCCUUAAUCAAACAAUGGAAUUUAAAUGUCUUUGGUAAUCUUAACCACAAAUUGGAUUCUACUCUUCAAGCUAUUCACAUGUUAGAGUCAACUUCAGAUUUGCAGGACCUUUCUGAUUCGGACAAAGCAGUUUUAUCUGCUCUUCAUUCGGAUAGCUAUCGCUUUUCUAAGCAACUAGAAUCUCUAUGGCACCAAAAAUCGAGGGUAAAUUGGUCUUUUCUUGGGGACAGAAACGCCAAAUUUUUUCAUUCGAUAGCUUCGGUUCAUUCAAAAACAAAUCUUAUGACAGCAAUUUCUAUUGAUGGGAACCUUUUUGAUACGCCGUUGGAUAUUAAACAGCAGGUUGCCUUAUUCUUCUAG